AUGGCUGCUGGAGUCUAUUGGGCGAGUGCGGGUCUGGCUCUCGUGGUUUUGGUGCUUGCUCUGGACAUCAUGGGCCUAUUUUCUUUCAAAACCCACUUCGAUGUCGAUGGUCGGACUGUCAUCGUUACCGGCGGCUCCCAGGGCAUGGGCCGCGGGAUAUCAAAAUUGCUUGCACAAAAGGGUGCCAACAUUGUCGUUGUAGCAAGGAACCAAAAGAAGCUCGAUGAUGCUUUGAAAUAUAUUUCGUCUGCAGCGAAGAAUCCUUCAAGUCAAAGGUUCCUUACGAUAAGUGCCGAUGUUACCAAGCCCGAGGAAAAUACCCGAAUCUUGAAGGAAGUGACGGCAUGGAACAAUGGCAACCCUCCUGACAUUGUUUGGGCCAAUGCUGGUAUGAGCCAGCCGGAUCUCUUCAUCGACACUCCCAUCGAGACCCUCCGAUCUCAAAUGGACAUCAACUACUGGGCAGCUGCUUACCUUGCCCAAGCGACGCUCAAGGAAUGGUUGAAACCAUCACCCACGAAAGCGGAGUCGUCAAAGCCGAAGACCAUCAAGCCUCGACAUUUCAUCAUGACAUCCAGCACAAUCUGCUUCGUCGGUGUCGCAGGCUAUUCACCAUAUGCCCCGGCCAAAGCAGCGAUGCGAUCCUUGGCCGAUACCCUGCGUUCGGAGUUCAAUUUGUACAACGGUGCUCGUAGGAAGGAUCCUGUGAAUGGGCCAGCUACCGACAUCAAGGUCCAUUGCGUCUGCCCUGGCACCAUCACAAGCCCUGGCCAUGAAAACGAGGAGAUCACGAAGCACGAAGUCACCAAGCUUCUCGAAAAGGGCGACCCAGCGCAGAAUGAAGACGAAGUAGCAGCAGCAGCAAUCAAGGGGCUCGAAAAGGGAGGUUUCUUGAUCACGACUCAAUUCCUGGGUCAUGCGAUGCGAGCGAGCGCACUGGGUGGAAGUCCUCGGGAUAGUUGGGUAGUUGACACCUUGUUCAGCUGGGUCACAGCUGUAGCAUGGCUAUUCAUCGGACCCGACAUGGAGGGCACCGUGUUUAAUUAUGGGAAGAAGCAUGGUAUGACAAAACCGGCGAAGACCGACACUCUGUAA